ACCGAUAUAAGCUGAGUUGCAAGAUAUAUAAACAUGGCGGAUGAGAGCGAUACGGGAUCUAUUCAGAGCAGUCAAAGUGAACAAGGACCUGAAAAGAAAGCAUUUGAAGAUUCUCGUUUCUACGCAUUGUAUAUAUUUUGUCCAAAGAGGUCUCGAGCCACUGGAGAGGAUGCUGACAGCUCGAGCCACUCAGAAGAUGGAAAUCUCAGUCUGACAGUGGCAGCAACCAACCUCUCUGCGGCAGCUGAAACUGACCUGAGGAAAUCCCUGUCUCAGAGACUUUCGAAAAUACCCAACAAUCCAAAUGAAGGCAAUUUCCUGUCUGUUGGUUUAAGUACAAGCGACGAGUUGAGCAACUCUGCAGUGUGCUACUACUGCGUGCUGAAUGGUGGCACAGCUGAGGUGCUGAAAGAGGAGACGACUCUACCAGGAACACAAUAUGUCAUCUGCUUCAUUUCAUUUCUCGACAGUUCACUGGAUUUAUUUCGCCCGGAGUUGGACCAGUACACAACUGGCAUUGUCAAGCUUCUGGAUGCUGAGCCUGCAGCCAUUAGAGAGACUUCAUCCAAGUCCGCCAACUCCGACUCCGCACCACACGGGCAGCUGAGUCAGAUAGAUGGCGCUGUCAAGGACUACUUGGAGCGCUGGUAUGAGGUGGUGUUGGAAUACCUGGCUCGAUGUGUGGCCAAACUAGGAUCAAACGUUCACUACCUUAUAUAUGCGGCUCUGUUGGAUGCACAGCUACAGAUGAAGGGCUUCACCCAGCAAGAGGAGGCAGAUAUCAACAAGUUUGUGAAGUGCUGCAGCUUGUCGUCUCUCGUCCAGCAGCUUCAGGCGGAGGAGACCCCGGGGAAAAGUGAUGGGGAUCUCCUCCUGAACCUCGACACCACCAUCACCUCACUUCAGUCUGUCACGGCAGUACUCACAGCUAAGGACAACACCUUCAUGUUUGAAGUUGAUAAUUUCUCGUCAACCUGUCAGUUCUGCAAGAUGGCAACAGAGCACCUGAUGUCCGGAGACCCCAAGAACGUGACGAAGAUCAAGGAAACCCUGGAGUCAGUGAAGCUGGCGUUCAUUCACAAUUUGAACAAACUGAAGAGAUUCUUGAGGCAGGCAGAAACUGACCAUUAUGCUUUGUUCAGAUCUCUAAUCUAUCUAAAGAAGAGCGGGGCGGGUGACCUGUUGCUCCGGUACGUCCACCUGGACGCCAGCCCUGAUACUCUUAAUGUACUCACAGUGCUACAGGAUUUCAUCAAGAGUAAAGGACAGGCUCUGGUCUGAAUCUAGUCUGUUUCAACAUGAUUCAGCCCUAGCAUGAUAUUCAUAAGAAGCCAAUUCUUUCUCAAUCAACAGUAACCAUGUUUUCUGUGCAUCUAGGAAUAUACGAGUACCUUGGUAAUUCUUUUGCUGAGUCAGUUUAUGACUUUGUGUUCUUGUUGAAUUCACUGAAGAGUUAAAUCUUUUAUACAGUGAAACCCUGUUUACCAGAUCAUACUCUUCUAAGGGAAAUAUCCAGAUUAACAAAAUUCUGGAUCAACAAGAUCUUGGAUUCAUGUCCCUGGUUUUACAACCCAACAGUAGUCGUUCAGAAAACAGUUUCCAGAUUAAAGUGGUCCGCACUUCUCUGGUUUCUCUGUAUAUGACCAAUCUCCAGAUAAGAGAGCAUGUAUCAUCAAAUUAAACUUGAAGCAAGUCAUGACUUGGGGGCUUGUUGUCUUACAGAAAUGUUGUGUUUGUUUAGCUGGUAUUAACAGAUUACAGUGAAAUCGCUGUAAUUUUGUUGACAGCGGCAGUAAACAUCAGCCACUGUCAUCGCAGAUCGUGUGUUGACAGAGGCAGUAAACACCAGCCACUGUCAUCACAGAUCGUGUGUUGACAGGGGAAGUAAACAUCAGCCACUGUCAUCACAGAUCGUGUGUUGACAGCAGAAGUAAACAUCAGCCACUGUCAUUACAGAUCGUGUGUUGACAGCGGCAGUAAACAUCAGCCACUGUCAUCACAGAUCGUGUGUUGACAGCGGCAGUAAACAUCAGCCACCGUCAUCACAGAUCGUGUGUUGACAGCGGCAGUAAACAUCAGCCACCGUCAUCACAGAUCUUAUGUUGACAGCGGCAGUAAACAUCAGCCACUGUCAUCACAGAUCGUGUGUUGACAGUGGCAGUAAACAUCAGCCACCAUCAUCACAGAUCGUGUUGACAGCGGCAGUAAACAUCAGCCACUGUCAUCACAGAUCUUAUAAUGACAGCGGCAGUAAACAUCAGCCACCGUCAUCACAGAUCGUGUGUUGACAGAGGCAGUAAACACCAGCCACUGUCAUCACAGAUCGUGUGUUGACAGCGGAAGUAAACAUCAGCCACCGUCAUCACAGAUUGUGUGUUGACAGGGGCAGUAAACAUCAGCUUCUGUCAUCACAGAUCGUGUGUUGACAGCGGCAGUAAACAUCAGCCACCGUCAUCACAGAUCGUGUGUUGACAGUGGCAGUAAACAUCAGCCACCGUCAUCACAGAUUGUGUGUUGACAGCGGCAGUAAACAUUAGGCCACUGUCAUCACAGAUCUUAUGUUGACAGCGGCAGUAAACAUCAGCCACUGUCAUCACAGAUUGUGUGUUGACAGUGGCAGUAAACAUCAGCCACCAUCAUCACAGAUCGUGUUGACAGCGGCAGUAAACAUCAGCCACCGUCAUCACAGAUCUUAUGUUGACAGCGGCAGUAAACAUCAGCCACUGUCAUCACAGAUCGUGUGUUGACAGUGGCAGUAAACAUCAGCCACCAUCAUCACAGAUCGUGUUGACAGCGGCAGUAAACAUCAGCCACUGUCAUCACAGAUCGUGUGUUGACUUGCUCACUUCAGAGUCAGGACACCUCUACAUAUAGGACCAACUUUACACAAGGGCCUCUUCCAGUCUAACCAUGUGUCAAACGUCAUGUAAUCACCGACAUAUGCCAGAAAUGUUGUGCAGGUAUCACAGUUUGUCAAACAAACUUCCAUGUGCAAUAUAUAAUGUCCAGAUUUUGUCACUGUUGCAUCCCACUGAUGACAAAUCAUGUAAAAUGUUCUUGUUGAUCUUACAUGAUCUCACUUGUUCACCACUGAUGCCAGUCAUGGCCCAGAGCCUGUAGAAGCAGGGAUGGAAAUUAACCAAGAAUGUCUACUUGCCCAAAUAUUGACAACAUAUGGCAGUACCCCUCCAAAAUGUUUGAAAUUCUACCAGCCCUUAAGAUACCUUUAACAUUAACAAAACUGGUCCCAUCUUCCCGAGGCAAGAGAGUUAACUGACUAUAAAAGUCCAGUUUCCACCCUUGCCGAACUAGGC